AACCAAGUAAAUUUUUCUCAAUAUUUUUCAAGAUAAUUAUGUCUAUUGUACCAACUGACUGGAGACUUCUUCUCAGCGAAGAUGAAAGGAAGGCUAAUAUUAGCAGGCUUUAUAAGGGCUUAGAGCUCCUUAAUCAACCUCAAAUAUAUAAGUUUAACCAACCUCAAGUAGCUCAACAACAAUCGCAACAAGCACAAACUUUACUACCUCAGCAAUUACCAAAUUCACAAUCACAGCAAUUGCAACAAAAAAUUUCGAUGCAGAUUCUUCAACAACAGCAGCAGCCGAUUACUUCUCCACAACAACAGCAUGCACAAACCCAAAGAAUUCUAUUACAACAGCAACUAGCUCAACAACAGUCGCUGCAAGCACAAACUUUACUACUUCAGCAACUACCAAAUUCACAAUCACAGCAAUUACAACAAAAAAUUCCGAUACAGAUUCUUCAACAACAACAGCAACCAAUCCCUUCUCCACAACAACAGUAUGCACAAACCCAAAGAACUCUAUUACAACAGCAACUAGCUCAACAACAGUCGCAUCAAGCACUAUCUUUACUACUUCAGCAAUUACCAAAUUCACAAUCACAGCAAUUGCAACAAAAAAUUCCGAUACAGAUUCUUCAACAACAGCAACGCCCGGCCUUAGCGGUUGUUCAACAACAGCCACAGAAACAACAGACCCAAAAGAAUGCUGCGUCAUUACAUCAACUUCAAGUUGGUCAACAACAAUCGCAACAAGCACAAGCUUUACUACCUCAACAAUUACCAAAUUCACAAUCGCAGCAAUUGAAGCAACAAAUUUCGAUACAGACUCUUCAACAACAGCAACAACCAGUUCCUUUCCCACAACAACAGCAGCAAGUGCAAAUUCAAAGACUCCCAAUACAACAGCCACAUUUGCUCUUAACGACUAUGCCUUUUAUAAAUAAUUCCAAAACACAACCUGGGUCACUAACAACGUUGACUGAGAAGGAAGAGAAAGAAGCAUUAACUAUGAUAAGGCAAAUAGAUAAUAGAGCUAAAGAAAGGAAAAAAAUUCAAUAUCACGAAGUUGACCUUUCUGAAGAGGACAAAAGACAAAUAUGGAUUAAGUUGUGUGAAUUUGCUCCGAUAUACGAAAAAAUUGAUGAAAUAUUACCAUACGUUUGGCAUUACACAAAAUCAAGUCAAGAUACAUAUCGACUAUUGGGCAUGAAGUACAUUAUAGAAGAUCAAUUAAACGCUCUAUCUUCUGGAAAAUAUAUACUUAAACUGAACCUUGUUGAAAAUUUAUUACAACAAAUCCGUAAAUAUUUUGUUUUCGUGGACAGUCGUAGAAGAGAUAUUGUUGUUCCCCCACAACAACCUCAACCAGGUGCUGAAAGUCGAUUUAGCCCACUAAUAAAGUCAAAUUCAUUGGAUUUGAAGCUUCCAACAAUGCCGAGACACGUUAAGGAUAACUCAGCUACUUCUGAUAGCUCAUCAAUCCCUACAAAAAGAUAUCAACCGUCAGUUGACCAAGAUGUACCGCAAUCGAAUAAGAAGCUGCAAAUCGAUUCCAAUAGUGUUAAAUGCGCUGCUGAUAGCACGUCAGUUAUUAAUCAAAACAAUCCUAUCGUAGUUUCAGAUGAAACCAAGCAAAAUAUUCCAGCAGAAAUAUUGCCAAUUAAUACUGAUAAUCAAAAUAACCCUAUCGUAAUUCCAAAAGAUUCUAGACAAAAUAUUUCAGCAGAAAUAUCGGCACCUAAUAUCGCUAAUCAAACCAGCUCUACCGUAAUACAAGAAUCAGAUAAGGAUGUUGCCGUUACUGAAGAUUAUCACGCAGGCUCACAACUACUUAUGAAUCAAUUAAAUAAAUUGUUGUGUAAUGGUUCGACAAUGGCGCAAAGGCAAACGAUUGAAGGAUAUUCUCCAUAUGAAGAAAGUGAAAAUAGAGCUAUAAUUGUCUCUUUAAUCAAUGCUGCUUAA